UCGCGUGUGCGAAAUGCAAAGGGAGAUGCAGACUUCUAUGAUCUUCUAAAAUAAGGAAAUAAACAUAUCGAUGCGCCAUAAUGUCUUCGCCCGAAUUAGAACGAUUUGAAUUAACAGAAAAUGACGUGGAGCAUAUAUUCGAUCCAGGAGCAAAACGAUUUGGCCAGUCUAAGAAUCAAGCAAUUUACGGAAUUUGGGCAGAUCAUGACAGUAAUGAUGAGGGUGAGGAUCAGCGAUCUGGCUUUGGCAGAGGGCGUCAUAAGCAGAAGGAUCUGUCUGCUCCUAUCAGCUUUAUCAGUGGUGGUUUUAAGCAAACAGAAAAAGAUGUUAGCAUAGCCAAAGUUGAAGAAUCUUCUAGAAAGAAUGGGGACAAAAAAUUAUCUGCUCAUAAAGCAUCCAAGCAUUCCAGAUCAGCAGUAAAAAGUGAAAUGAGGUUUCUGAAAGGACAUCAUGAAAGCAGGGAUUUUGGUGAAUGGGAGAAACAUACUCGAGGCAUAGGAUUGAAACUUCUGGAAAAUAUGGGUUAUAAACCUGGAGAAGGUCUUGGCAAAGCUGGUCAAGGAAUAAAAACACCAGUUGAGGCCAUCAAACGCAAAGGACGGGCUGCUGUUGGGGCAUAUGGAUCAGAACGAUCAGAGAAAUCCCUAAAGGAUUAUCCAGCUGAAGACUUGGAAGGAGAAGAAGGAAAAUUAUUUAAUAAAGAACUGCAUCAAUGGAAAAAACUUCCUGAGAGCAAAACACAAGCUCCAAAAUACACAUACAAGACUGCACAAGAAGUAAUUGAAUCCGGAGGGACAAAAAAGAAGGUGGGAUCAAGUAAUACCCAAACAGUUAAAGUGAUUGAUAUGACAGGCAAAGAAAAACGUAUUCUUUCAGGCUAUCAUGCCAUCAGCAAAGUGCAUGAUAAACCUGACGAUGAGGAAGAGAUGAGUGGUCAGUCUUCCAUAGGAGUUAAAAGUGGAUUACAGCGCUACUUUGAAAUGCCAGAGCUUGUGCACAACUUGAAUUUGUUAGUUGACAUGACAGAGGAAGACAUUGUUGUUAACGAACAAAGGCUGCGACAUUGUGAAGACCAUCUUAUCAAUCUGAGGUAUGAUCAGGAACGACUACAAGCUGUAUGUGAAGAGGAGGAACAACAUAUUUCAAAACUCUCUAUGCUGAUGGAUACUGUCAAAAGUUGUGAAGCACGACUGCAGGCAGAAAACUCAGAGCGACUGACUCUUGAUGAAUGUGUUGGGAUAUUCCAACAUCUUAGAAAUGAAUUUUACGCUGAGUACAAGCUUUAUGACCUGCCUGCCAUUGCAAUUGCCCUUGUAUUUCCACUGAUGAAAGAGUUUCUAAACCAUUGGGAUGUGUUGCACGAACCAGACUACGGGGUGAUAACAAUGCAAGAAUGGCGUCUGCUUUUGGAGGAUGAGAACUGUUCACUUGCUCCUAUACCUUCACCUGCUGACAUGGAUCCUUAUCAGCGCCUUCUGUGGGAUGUCUGGUUACCACCUGUCAGGGCAACAAUAUUGAAAUGGAAUGCUCGUGAUUAUCAACCGCUGAUCAGCAUGCUAAAUGCUUGGUGCCCAGCUCUUCCAUCCUGGAUUCUAGACAACAUAUUAGACCAGCUAGUAUUGCCACGCUUAUUGCAAGAAAUAGAAAGCUGGAAUCCCUUGACAGACACAGUUCCUAUCCAUUCUUGGCUACAUCCUUGGCUUCCUCUGAUGGGAGAGCGUCUAGAUCCAUUAUAUGCACCCAUUCGACAUAAGUUGGCUAGUGCCCUUACUAACUGGCAUCCUUCAGAUGUGUCAGCUAAGAUAAUAUUGGAACCAUGGGUAGGAGUAUUCCGUACAGGACACAUGGAUGCAUUUUUAGUAAAAAAUGUGCUCCCAAAACUAGCCCAAGUUCUGGAAGAAAUGCCUAUCAACCCACUUCAGCAGACUUUAGAGCCUUGGCACUGGAUCAUGACAUGGAAGGAUAUCAUACCACUGGCUCCACUGGUUGCAACAUUAGAAAAGUCUUUUUUUCCAAAGUGGUUACAAGUUCUUGUGUCAUGGCUGUCCAGCAUGCCCAACUACAAUGAGAUCACAAGGUGGUAUCUGGGUUGGAAGUCUCAGCUUCCUGACAGACUUUUGCAGUGUCCAUCUAUUCGGGAUCAGCUAAAUAAGGCCCUGGAUAUCAUGAACCAAGCAGUUUCAGGCCAGUUUGUGCCAGGCAUGAAAGAAAACAUUGCAUACUUCACCCACACUGAGCGCCGUCAGAUGGACACUCAGUCGCACUCAACUUACUUACAGCAAACACCAGCAAUCUCUGCUACACAGUCUCGUAUUGGACCAGAGCCAUCACUCAAAGGUUCUGCUACAUCAGCACAUCUUAACUUCAAGGACCUUGUGGAAAAAAAGGCAGAAGAAGAGAAUCUACUGUUUAUGCUGUUGCCUGGUAAAACCCACGAAGGUCAUCAGGUUUACAGAUUUGGAAAGCUUCAAGUCUACAUUGACCGUAAUGUUGUGUUCAUGCAGGAGGCAAAUAUCAGGUGGAUUCCCGUUUCUUUGCAGAAUCUCAUUGACAGAGCAAGAUAGUUUUCUUAUGAUAUCCUGAGAAAAAGUAUGGAAAAUCUAAGAAAUGAUUAUAACAUCAUUUUGUGUUGUUGAUGUUGUGUGGAUGAAGUGCCUUCACCUAUGCAAUUCCACCAUGGGCACAAUUAAAAGGGGAAAUAAGAAAGGAGAGGACCAGUCUUCCAUCAGGCUGCGGGUGUUAGUGUACCUAUUCCAGUUGUAUUCCUUGCUCUUGGGUUCAAGAGCCCUGCCAAACCUGGUUGCCAGAUCCCAAUUAGUACUGUCCUAUUCUGGGCUGGCAUUUAAUUUCUUUUUAUAUUUGUUAGUAGGGGUGAGCUUUUUCUCCGUUCUUUAUUCUGAAUGCUGAAGUUAUGCUUGUAUUUAAAUGUGUAAUUCUUCAGAAUUUAUUUGUAUUUUUAUUAUCCUUUUAAAAUUUAUGGAUACUCUUGAUGAUUUUUAUAUUUAGUUUUAUUUCAUUCAUAAGCAGACAUUAAGAUUAUAUUUUAGAUUUUUCUGGUUUUCUAGUUUGUUUCAUUUUUUUCCAAUUCAUGUAAAUUUAUAAUUCAGAUGAUUCACCACCGUUUUUUUUAUAGCAGAUGACUGUACAGUAUACCAUAGUUCUGUAGAUGGGUUGAAAAAGACCUCUUCGUUUGUUUAUAUAUCUUUAAACUUAAGAGCCAAAGAAUUAAAAUAAAAAUGGUUGUCCCAAAGAACUUCCAAACAUACAUAAAGAUUUUGAUUCUAAAGUUUAAGUCUCAUAUUGAGAAAUAAUAUAAACAAAGCAUGCGAUGAAAAUGUUGCUCUUCUAUUCUUUACUUAGCACAACUCAAAGGAACAUCCAGUGCAGGAUGCCAGUCAUAAUUUUAGUUCCUUUAUAAAAAGAUGAAACAUAUGUUUUGCCUGUUGAUGUGAAAAUGUUUGUUUAUUAGCCAAUGUUCAUGAAAUUCCUGACUGCAGAUUUCUGAUCCAUUCACUGACUCUGCUUCACCAGACCAGAAAUCUGAAUUACUCCCUGCUUCUCUUUUUAAGUGUCUGAAAGAGCAUUUGAAAUGGUGGAUUCCAGGGCUGUAUUAGAGACACCAUCAGUAAAGUGCAGUCCUUGUGGUUAAACAUAAUACCACAAAUGACUUGCUUUUUUCUUGUCAUAAAUAAAUGGAUUUGUAAAAUGCA